CUCUAUAUUACAAAUAUGAGAAACAUUAUAUAUGCAUUAUUUCUACAUCACAUAUUAUCAAUUCUUUCUAUUUCUUUCCCAAAGGACACAACCAUAAAAUAACAAACAACUAUAAUCAUUCAUAAUGCCAAGAGUUGUACCUUGGAAACUCUUAAGUUUCAUUUUUUUUGUUUUUACUUUGUUAUCUUUUUCUUUCUCUACCAUAUUCACCAUAACAAACAAUUGCCCUUAUACUAUAUGGCCAGGCACACUCGCCGGUGCAGGCACGUCAGCGCUUCCAUCAACUGGAUUUCAGCUUGACUCAGGUCAAGCUGCGAAACUAACAAGUGUUCCAGGGUGGUCGGGUCGGAUAUGGGCGAGGACUGGUUGCACAUUUGAUGCAUCCGGAAUUGGCAAAUGCCAAACGGGUGAUUGUGGUGGAAGACUUGAAUGUGAUGGGAAUGGUGCAGCUCCACCUACUUCACUUUUCGAGAUUACAAUUGGACAAGGUGAUCAACAAGAUUACUAUGAUGUUAGUAUGGUUGAUGGAUACAAUCUCCCAAUGCUUGUUCUACCAAGAGGUGUAUAUGGUAAAAGUGCAUGUAAUGCCACAGGUUGUGUGACUGAUAUUAACAGAGGUUGUCCUAAAGAACUUCAAGUAGUUGGUGGUGAUGGAUUUCAAGGUAGUGUAAUUGGUUGCAAGAGUGCAUGUGAAGCAUUUGGAUCAGAUCAAUACUGUUGCAGUGGACAAUAUGCUAAUCCAACAACAUGCCAACCUUCUUUCUAUUCCACAAUUUUCAAGAAAGCUUGUCCAAGAGCUUAUAGCUAUGCAUUUGAUGAUGGAACCAGCACUUUCACUUGCAAGGCUUAUGAAUAUGACAUUGUGUUCUGUCCUACCAGCAACAAGAUUAACAAACCAAAUGAUGCAUUUCCUCCACCACCACCACCACCACUAUCAAUUGGAUUCCCUUAUGAGAAGGUUCAGCAAGACAGUUCUUCUUCAAGUAUUAUCUUGCCCUUUCAAGUGACAAUUUUUCUCUUAGUUGCCACAAUCUCUAUGUUAGUACCAAAGACAUGGGCACUGAUAUGAAGUAAUGCCAGCAAAGAAUCACAAAUUUUUCUUGUAAAGUUAGAGAGAAAUAACAUGGUAAUGAGAAGCACUGAUCAUGAGAGCAGAUCAAGAACCAAUGACUUGUAAAUACUCCAAUAAAAAAACUUUGGAAUAAAUUAACAAAAUAGAAAGUUAUUUGCAGUGUAAUCAGGCCUGUAAAGAAAGUGAAAUUAAAGUGCUUGAGUUAAAUGUUA